ACCGCCCGCGGCUGGACACGGCUGCCGUCCUUCCGCCGCGCCCGCCUGCACGGCACCCAGCUGCCGGGGCUGGCCGGUGACGGUGACGGUGACGGUGACGGUGACACGCGGCUGUUCCCGAGGGCCAUCGAGGGGGACGGGGACGGCUUUGAGUUCGCCAUGUUCCUCAGUGUCCCCGAGCGCCGCCUGCGCUGCCUCUGCCAGCCCAGGCCCUUCCUGGAGGGACACCCGGGGCUGACCCAUGGCGGUGCCAUCGCCACCCUCAUCGACACCUCCCUGGGGACGCUGGCGCUGGCGCUGGCCGGGCGGGUGGUGACAGCCACCCUCAGCAUCGACUACGUGGCGCCUGUCCCCCUGCGCUCGGUGCUGCUCCUGGACGCGUUCCUGGAGCGCCGCGAGGGCCGGAAGCUCUUCCUGGGCUGUGACCUGAGGGACGCCGAGGGGGACACGCUGCACGCCAGGGCCACCGGGCUCUUCAUCCAGCAGGACCUUCCCAAGGCGGGGCGGGGACAGUGACCUGUGACUGUCACCUGUGUCACCUGUGUGUCACUGUGUGUCA